AACAAAAACCAGUGGCUUCACCUGCCACUGGUUUUUCCAAAUAUUUCGCAUGUUUUUUCCCCUUUACUUACUUUUGUGGAAUCUUUAUAUAAGUAACCCCUUCUCUCCAUUUGUUUCAUCAAACCUGCCAGUUUUCUUCUAACAAUUACCUCACACUUUUAGAUAUCAACUUUUGUUGUUUUCUUCUGUCAUCAAGAAAAGCAAAGAGCUACUAUUGAUUAGAGAAGCACAAGGAGAUGAGUUCAUCACAGAGAGCUUGGAUUGUUGCAGCCAGUGUUGGAGUUGUUGAGGCCUUGAAGGACCAAGGGGUGUGUAGGUGGAAUCACACUUUGAAGUCAGCUCAACAUGUCAUAAAGAGCCAUGUUGGAUCGUUUUCACAGGCUAAGAACCUUUCCUUUUCUUCUUCUAUGGUUUCCACCUCUUCAAGACUAAAGGGAAAGCAAUCAGAGGAGUCCUUAAGGACUGUUAUGUACUUAAGCUGCUGGGGACCCAACUAGAGAACAAGGGCAUUAGGGAUAUAAAGAGAUUCUAUGAUUGUAUUGGUUCUUGUGUAUUAAAAGAGGUAUUGUUUGUCUACUGUGACAAAUUGAUGUAAAUGUAAUAGACCAAAAGUCAGCUUUUCCAAAUUGAAAAUGCCUUCAUUUGUUCAUUUAUGUA